AUGGAACCUAAGCUCACUUUGAUUAUUCAAAUGCUUUUAGCAUUCCACGCCUGCUCAUCCCUCGGCUUCCACCACAUACUUCCACGGAAUAUUAACCGGAAGCCGACGCAGGUGCUUGGAAAUGUCACAGUCAUUGACACGCCUCUCGAUGCUUACCUUUAUAACCACAUCAUGCGGACCUGGCUAUUCGGGGCGCUCGUCAUGAACCAUAACACCACGCUGAAAGAAUCAGUCGAUCUCGAAGUCCACGCUAUCGGCUCGGUGCUACAUGACCUCGGCCUCGUGCUCAACGGCUCCUGGAUCAGCCAGGACCGCCGCUUCGAAGUCGACAGCGCCGCCGCGACAACCGACUUCGUCGAGCAUCAAGUGUCGAACGACGGCGAGGGUGCUGAGUGGGACGCCAACCGGCUGCAGCUUCUCUUUGACUCGGUCUUGCUGCAUUCGGAGUACCGGUUCUCCUUAUAUAAGCAGCCGACCGUGGCCGUGUUAGCAAGUGGUGUGUUGGUUGAAUUGCAAGGGCUGGCCUCUCUUGCAGCCUAUGGUAUCACGAGUGCUGAGUACUACAACGUCGAAGCUGCGUUUCCAAGGCUGAAUUUCAUUGCCGGUGUGAAUACAACGCUCGUGAAACUCUGUAUAGCUAAGCCAAAUUCGACUUACGAUUCAUGGCAGCAGGCUUUUGGAGACGCCUUUGUGCCGGGCUAUUCCGCGGACAAGUCGUCGGCAUCCUCAAGCUGGAAUUUGGUGAAUUCCUUGAUCGAAGCUUGGCGAGCUUAUCAGGUCGAUGACGGAAACGAUCCAGAGGUCGCUUUUGACCAGAAGAUCGACGAGUUCAUCGCAGCAGCGAAUGUGCUCGGAAAUCGGCAAGAUGUACACCUAGACACGAGCUAUUCGGUCGGGCAACCUCUGCAAAAGCCGAGCAACGAUAGCGGGGGGGCAAUUGACAUGGGAGGCCUGCGGGCAGAGCUCUCGCAACUACAGUCCGAAAACGAGGCGGGGCCAUCUGCGGCCCGCUACCGAGACCGAGAUAAGGAUUCUAUGCCGUGCAUUCCGAACGGUCUAUGUGUUAAACAUCGGGGUAGGCGGUUGCAUUAA